CAGGAAGCAUCAACACACGAGCAAAGAUCAACAAAGAAGACAGACCAUUAACCCAUCAGCGGUCACAGACUGAAAGAAAGAGUGAUGAAGAUCAGUGAUUUAAUUCUCAUAUMUAUAUYCAUCCCUGCAACCCUGAGUACCAAUGACCAUCUUCCAAACUGUAAAGAUGCUCUUGAAGAUUGUCUUCGCCAAGUGCCAUGGACCAGGUGUUAUGAGMAUAGAAUUACAAGAUGCAUUCAAAAGACCAGACUGCACAUCCCAAACUUCUACAGAUGGUCUGUCAACUCAUCCAAUCAGGCAGAAGCGGGCACGGAUUCUGGACACAGAGUGCACUUCCCUGCACAUGCCCUCCAGAGAAGCAAGAGGAACGACUCUACUAGCACUGACUACGUGCACAUUACUAUGGCUGUACUCAACAGCUCUCUAUUCAAGCUUGGUCCAGUUCGAGGCAAUAGAUCAGGGGAGGUCCUAAGACAGUCUGUGCUGGCUGUGAGGGUGGGGGACCACGYUGUGAGUGACCUUGACCAGCCUGUCAGAAUCGCCUUCAGAAACACAAAUGUGGCUGAGAGAGGGACUUGUGUUUUCUGGAAGGACUCAGAAAAGAAUAAUGGCGAAGGGGACUGGAGCUCAGAGGGUUGUAAUACCACCCUUAUUCACGGAGAGUUUGUGUGCAGCUGCAACCAUCUCAGCUUCUUUGCAGUGCUUGUGAACUCAAAGUUGUCGGUAGACCCUGUGAAUGCCGCCAACCUAGGCUACAUCUCCUACAUUGGUUCAUCAUUCUCUGUGGUUUUCACAACAGUAAGCCUUGUCAUGUACACAUGCCUUUGGAAGGGGAGUUCUGAACAUUCAAUAGGUAUUCAUGUGCAUCUGACAGGAGCGCUCCUGUUUCUGCACCUCUCCUACCUCUUGAGCGAGUGGUGGGUGUGGCAUGAGGCUGAUGGGGCUGAGGGACGUGUCUGUCUGGCCUUUGGGUUGAUGCUGCACUGGGCUCUCCUGUCCACCUUCACCUGGUUGGCCAUUGAAGGCUUCCAUCUCUACAUGCUGUUAGUCCGCAUCUUCAACAUCUAUGUCAGGAAAUACCUGCUCAAACUGAGCCUGUUUGGAUGGGGCAUACCCACUGUGACUGUGGUGGCCUGUGGUUUCUCAGGAGUCUACGGAAGACAUAGCUUCUACAUGAAGGGGGCCAAUAAUGGCUCAUCAACAGACAUAUGUUGGAUAAGCAGUGCUACAGACAGCCCUGGAGUGGUAGUCAGCUACGUCACAGUGAGUGGAUACUUGGGCCUGGUCUUCCUCUUCAACACAGCCAUGCUAGGUGUGGUGGUGGUGAAGCUUUGGGGGCAGAGAGGGAAGGGUAGGAUGUGGAAGGACUGGGCCACGGUCCUGGGUCUCAGCUGUGUGCUGGGAGUACCAUGGGGGCUGGCGUUCUGCACCUACGGCCCCCUUUCUCUCCCUGGACUGUACCUCUUCAGUAUAUUCAACUGCUUCCAAGGUGUCUUCUUGUUCCUGUGGUUUCUUGCCCUUUUACYUAAGGGCCGCCCAGAGCGCUCCUCUGUGAAAGACUCUUCKAGUCAAAAGAUGGAGACAAACCUCAACUGAUACGUGCAACACAUUCCAGCAUACCUUUAGUAGUGUUUGCAGACCAAGUCCCAUUCUACCCAUGCAUACACUGAGUUUAAACCAGAGGUGAAAGUCUAAUUAAUUUCUUCCCGGUACAGACCUCUUAUACCGAGAAAUAAAAUGUAUGGGCCUAUUCAUAGAACUACAUAUAGAACCCCUAUUCAUUCAAUAGCAUCUCUCUGGGCCUAGUCGUAAAGAUUUGUCAUUUCACUUUUAAAAUGUAUGACCUUUUAUUAUGGCAUAAACACAACCAGUCAUGYUGUUUUCAUCUGAUUGUCAAACAAGGGCUCCUUUACUAGGKUACCCGCGCACAUUCACCCACUCGCAAUAUAUUUCCAGCCUCCAAACAGUGGUGAAUGGAAAGAGACAGCUGUUACACAAAACAACAAAAGGUGUAAUGGUAUUUGGCGUUUGUUAUUAGGCCAGAAUGUAUGCAUCCACUGCUGUCUACGUGCAUCUCGGUGUCGGCCACUCAUCUCUGCCUUGGCAUAAUUUCAGUGUUUCUUUUCGUCAAACCACAUUACAUUUUGGAGCAUUUGCCACCUGUUUUCAUGUCCAUURGCAAAAUGCUCCUGACUCUGACAUGCGGUAAUGAUAAAACAGAGUAUAAUAGGCUACAUUUUUUUGUUMACAUUUUGAUUGAAAUUGUGAUAGGCUCAUAUUUUACCGGUACAGCGUACCCCCACCGUUUAUUUUGUGGACGCCAGACCGUACCGCUUUACUUUCACCCCUGGUGUAAACAUGACAUCUAUGAUAUGACACAUAAAGUGUGACACAUGGAGCAAAUAGCCAUUAGCACACAGCCUAUCUACUCGAUAAAAUGGUGUUGUGGUGUUAAUCAGAUAAUUGAAUAAUUUUAUGUUUUCUUAUUGUUUCAUUAAAAUAAUUUACCAACACUA